CUCACCUCAACAUGUUCAGUGAAAAGAGCAGCGCCUCUUUGACCCAGAAACCCAGCCAGAAAAAGACACGACCUCAGGGCCUCCCCUCCCCUGCCCUCUGCUGUGCGUGUGGACUUUGCAUCAUGCUGGCAGGGAUCAACAUCACCCUAGUGGGAGCAUUUGCAUUUGGGACCUUCCUCCCCAUGAACAACCUUCCCAUCAUCAUCGGACCCAUCUUGCUGGUCGUGGCCUUCACGUUCUUUGGUGCCUGCUGCAUCUGCAGCCGGAGGCCGCCUGCUCACGGGGCCAGAAAAUCCAAACCGGGUUCCAACAUUGGUCUCAUCAAACCUGGCAACACUGCCUUUGAAAUUGAAACUAGCGAGCACACGGUGCAGGAUACCACUGCUGUUCAGCUGAGCCCCACAAAUUCCCCCAUCUCCUCAAAAAAGUCCACACCAGUCCAUGAGAACACGAAGACUUGCAAACUCUUCACCAUGGAAGGCAAUGGGCCAGUGGCCAAGUACACACCAGGAGGAGAGGCAAUACAGCUCAACCUGCCCAGGGACCUGGCCACAUCCUAAACCCAGGCAGAGUUUUGUUAGCAGCCAGACAGAUGC